AUGGUCCAUGCCAUCACUACCACCCAGAAGACUGUGGAUGUCUCCUCUGGGAUGCUGUGGUAUGAUGGCUGUGGUACUGCCCAGAACCUCCUCCCUGCAUUCACUUAUGCUGCCAAGGCUAUGGGCAAGGUCAUCCGAGAGUUGAAUGGGAAGUUCAAUGGCAUGGACUUCCAUGUUCCUACCCCCAAUACAUCUGUCAUGAAUCUGACAUGCUGCUUAGAGAAAGCUGCCAAGUAUGAUGACAUUAAGGUGGUGGUGAGUUGGGUAUCUGAGGAACCACCAAAGAGCAUCCUGGGCUACACUGAGGACCAGUUUGUUUCCUGUGACUUUAACAAUGAUUUUCAUUCUUCCACCUUUGAUGCUGGGUCUGGCAUUGCUCUUAAUGAUAACUUUGUAAAGUUCAUUUCCUGA